AUGGAUUAAAACAAUCAAACUAAAGAAUAAAGUCAAUAAAAAGAAGAAGUUAUGACAAAUAUUGAACAAGGCGACGAAAAUAUUAAAGAAGACAACUAUUCUUGCGAUUUAGUUUUUAAGCUUUUAAAUGGGAUAAAAUUUACAACUUUAGAUCAUAAACCAUGCAAAACAAGUGAAGAAUCAGCUUAAGUUAGAGGAGUUUCCUUGGAUUCUGGGGCAAAAGCAAUGUUACUUAAGGAUAAAUAAAAUAUUACAUUUAUAUUAGCUGUUAUGUCAGCUAGUAAAAAGCUUUCUUGGAAGCUAAUUAGAGGUAUUGUUGGACAUAAAAAGUUAGAUUUAGCUAAACCAGAAGAAGUUUAUAGCCUCACAAAAUGCAUCCCAGGUGCAGUACCACCAUUUGGAUCCAUUUGGGGUAUAAAAACUCUUACUGAUUAAAGCCUGCUAGAUUAAGGAGAUGUAAUAAACUUUAAUUGUGGAUUAAGGACUAAGUCGAUUUCUAUGAAAACUGAAGAUUAUCUAAAUGUUGAAAAACCAUAAGUGUGCCAAUUUACAGAAUGA